AUGGCUAUCGACCUGCUCCCGUAUGGUGCCGUUGCUGGAGACUUCCAGCUGUACAUCACCCUGCACUACAUCUGGCAGGUCAUGCCGUUCUUCAUCCCUGAAGUGGUGUCUCCUCCCAUCUAUGUGGAAUACGGCGUUCCUCUGAUGGACGGGAAACUCUUCCACUACAUCUGCAUAAUAGAGAACGGCCUUGUAGUCAUGAGUGACCGGCAGAUUGUUGUGCCAGCGUUCCGGAACCCCGUGCAGUUAUCCUCCGUCCUCAGCGGUGUGAGCGCAGACAACAUCGCCGUGUUCGCGCCCUUCUGGACCAACAACCGAUUCUACAAUCUCUUACCUGGGCACGCGCCGAAGGUGUGGUACCAGACGUACACAGUGCUGUCCCAUCCCGUCAUGCUGAUCGUGAACAGCAUCGUGCAGCAGCUGUUCUCUCCCACCCGCUCCUUCCGUGCCAGACUCGUUCUGAUCGUCACGUAUGACAGCAUGGUGCCGCCAUGGACAGCAACAACCCUGGAGGUGAACACUGUCCAGUUGGUCAUCACCACGGACUACGUGCACACCUACGUGUUCUACAACUACCCCCGAGGGCGGAUGAGAUGGACCCCCGUGUACAACACUAACCUGGUGCAGUUCUACUCAUUCCCGGUACGGAUCGGAUUCGUCAUCAGGACUACGAACGCGUUCGGGAUCCGCACGGAGUGGAGUGUGGAGGACCCGAACUCCGCUCAGUGGUCCCGCAUGACCGGACGGCCCAACGCUUUCAGAAUGAGCGACGUUCUACCGACUGGGCGUCUGUACUACCGCGUGGAGACCAACAGCGACACGUGGGUCAACCCCAGGCUGGCCUGCCAGGAUUGGUUUGAGAAUGAGGAUGACCCCAUGACGUGGGGCUCGUCGCUGAUUGGACGAUGCCCCCCUACCAUGGCGCAUGCUCUGCAGGAGUACGGCACCUUCACGACCACGCCGAGCGACUACCCAAACACCAUCUGCUUCACAAGGCUAUUCCAAUCUUCAUCAGGAGGAAACAUGGAUUGUUGCUACGACAUAUUCACCGGAUCCCUUCUUGGACAAAACCGUGCGAACAGCGGUGCUGGCUUUCUGCGGCGUUAUGAGAGGACCUCCCUAUCGGACACGAGCAGCAUGUAUUACACCCAAGAAUACCUGCCGUACCAGUGGUGCACGGUUCAGUCACGUUCCACCGCUUACCGAGACAAGUAUGUCAGCAGACGGGUCAUGUCAUCUAGUAGGUCUUACACGAUGGUGAUCCAAGGUACCGGAUAUGGAGACCCUCACAUGGCCACCGCUGAUGGCGUCGAAUUCACUUUUAACGGCUACGGGGAGUACGUCCUACUGCGCAGCCGCAGUAGCGCCCCCUAUCAGUUCGAACUGCAGGGGCGCACCGCUCAACCUUCGACCCGGAAUGAGAAUGUCAAAGCUACAGUUUUUUGUGCCUUUGCCCUCCGACAACCGAACGACACAGUGGAAGUGUUCCUGAAUGGGGAUUCCAGCAGCUUCCGGAUCCGGGUCAACGGUCAGGAGGUGCCGAUCUCAGGAAUCAUCGACGGCAGCAGGAGCACAUUUGGAGAUGGCAAGAUCUUUCCCAGAUAUGCUACGAGUAACGGCAAUAACCAGACAACCCCGAACGGCCUCCUUGUGUCCUUCCCGUCGGGCGCCUCUGUCGUCAUCACGUUUUCCAACGGCGUGAUGACGUACACGGUGGGCGUGGCCCAGGACAUGCAGGGCCAGCUCGAGGGCAUGCUGGGGUCUCUCCGAUCACUGAGCGCCUUUGACGGCAAAAGCGUCACCGACACGAGCCUCUUCACCUACUACCCAGAAGGCACUUCGGCGAUGACGUAUGGCGACGACUCGUUCCAGCCGACGUUCUUCGGGGACGACCUGACGGCCCUGUUCGGAGACCCGUCGCUACAGGCGCAGGCAGUCGCCGUGUGUGGGAGCGUUACAGCUAAGGAGUGUCUGUACGAUGUUGCCGUUACGGGAGAUCUUUCACUCGGAAACGACACGCUUAAUCACGAGAAGGAAUUCCAGAAAGCCUGCGGCAUACUGAGUAAGCAAUAA